UCCUUAUUUGUUGUCUUUACAGGAGAACCCUUACAUGUGUAACAACGAGUGUGACGCAAGCACCGAGGAGUUGGCUCAUCCGCCUGAGCUGAUGUUUGACUUCGAGGGUCGCAACCCCACCACCUUCUGGCAGUCCACCUCAUGGAAGAAAUACCCCAAGCCGCUGCAAGUCAACAUCACGCUGUCGUGGAACAAGACUAUCGAGCUGACCGAUGACAUCGUGCUCACCUUCGAGUCGGGCCGGCCGGAGCAGAUGGUUCUUGAGAAGUCGCUGGACUACGGCCGGACGUGGACGCCCUACCAGUUCUACGCCACCGACUGUUUGGACGGCUUCACCAUGGAGCCAAAGACGGUCGGCGACCUCACCCAGCGCACCCUGCUGGACAUCAUCUGCACCGAGGACUACUCGCGGGGCUACGUUUGGAAGAACGACAAGACGGUUCGCUUUGAGAUCAAGGACCGCUUUGCCCUGUUCGCCGGGCCUCGCCUGCACAACAUGGCCUCCUUGUACGGUCAGCUGGAUACCACCAAGAACCUGAGGGACUUCUUCACCAUAACCGACCUGAGGAUUAAGCUGCUGAAGCCGGCCACUGGUGCCACAAUGGUGGACGAAAACAACCUGUCCAGAUACUUCUACGCCAUCUCCGACAUUAAAGUACAGGGAAGGUGCAAGUGCAACCUGCACGCCAACAGCUGCGUGUUUGACAAGGGGAAGCUGGGCUGCGAGUGUGAGCACAACACCACGGGGCCCGACUGCAGCCGCUGCAAGAGGCACUACCACGGCCGAGCCUGGAGCGUGGGUUCCUACCUCCCAAUACCCAAAGGAACCGCCAAUAUAUGUAUUCCCAGCAGUCACGGACCUGCGCAUCGAGCAAACGCGUCAUCGCUUGGCGUCGCAAAUCGUAACCAAGCGCGCGUGUGUGACAACGCUAUGCUACGCUGUCAGAACGGUGGCACGUGCCACCACCACCAGCGUUGCCACUGCUCCCCGGGCUUCACCGGUGUCCUAUGCGAGAGGGCCCGCUGCCAGGGCCCCGGCGAGUGUGACAACCAACUGUCGGGACGGGCCACCCGCCGCCAUCUCGCCACUCAGCGUUUUGCCCUCGCCUCGCUGUUGCUGAUUGUUUCUCUUUGCUGAGUUACCAAAACCCCUAAAAAAAAA